AUGAACUCAUCUGUGGUGCUGGCGGGCUUCCAGCAGCUCACCCCAGUGCGCUGGCUCCUGGUUCCGCUCUUCUUCUGUGUCUGGAUCUUCAUCCUUUUGAGCGACUCCCUAAUCGUCUUUGUCAUCAUCACUCGCCGAAUUUUGCACAAACCCAUGUUCAUCUUCAUUGCCGCAGUCCUGGCAAACUCGUUCACAGCCAGCUGCACCAUCUUCCCCAAGCUGCUGUGGGACCUGGGCUCUGGUCCAGUCUCUGGUCCAGUCUCUGGUCCAGUCUCUGGUCCAGGCAUGGUGCGCGUGCCCCUGUCCUCCUGCCUGGCUCAGGCCUUCUGGCUGCACUUUAUCGGCAGUUCCAGCUUCAUGCUGUUGGGGGCGAUGUCUCUGGAUCGGCUGCUGUCCAUUACGCGGCCGCUCCACUACGCUGUACUCAUGUCAGCGCGCAGAGUGGUGUGUCUGCUGCUUUUCUGCUGGCUGUUUCCGCUGCUCCUGAUUGGCUUCAUGAUGGCGCUGUUAAUACAACUGCCGCUCUGCCGUGAUGUGGUGCAGCGCCUGUACUGUGACCCGUACACUGUGACGAGCCUGAGCUGCGCUGGGGGUGCGGCGCAGAUAGCCGUGCUGUACGGCUCGGUGGCAAUGGUGCUGGGGCUAUUUGUGCCUGCGGGAUUCGUGAUGUUCUCGUACGCGCACAUCCUGUGGGUCUGUGUGUUCCGCUCUUUUAGCCGGCGAGCACUGCACACGUGUGUGCCGCAUAUUGCUGUGUUUCUUAACUAUGUGCUGAGCUGCGCCUUCGACCUCCUUCACCGCCGCAUAAGCAGCACACAGGGCCACAGCGUGCAGCUUGUUGCCACGGUCGCCUCUCUGAUUAUGGUCGUCAUCCCCACGGUCUUCAACCCGCUUGUGUACGGACUCAAGGUCAGUGAGAUCCACCGGCAGCUCCGCGCGCUUCUGCGGCAGAUGCGGUGA